AUGUCCUCGUCACCGCAGUCUCCUCCAACCUCGCCUUCGGGCCAGCGCCAGCCCAUUCCGCGUAUACCCCUAUCGCCUUCUCCUCUUCAUCCCCCAUCUCCCCGACAGACCAAUAGCAAUCCUUCCACUCCGGCCUCUCGGAGAACAUCCCUUCCCGUUGGCUCGACGUCUCCGCCUCCCACUUCCAAAAGCCGCGCUAGGGAUCUACUUAGGAAACAUUAUGGCUUAGGCAUAGGACCCCCUCAACCGCUUCCCGGAAAAGUCAAUGAUCCUAUGGAUUUGGAUUCAGCUGCAUUCGAUGCCAAGUCGUACUAUGAGCAGCUCAUCACAACGUCGAACCUGCCUACGCUCCUAAAGAAAGAAAAUGAGCUCAUGUCGGAAAUCAAACAACUGGAUGGUGAACGGCAAGCGCUGGUAUACAAUCACCAUCAUGAACUCAUUGCUGCUAGUGAUACUAUAGCCGCUAUGAAGACACGAGCAGAGAGCCUCGACGCAGAUCUCGACCUUCUCAGAGCCGCUUUUUCUGAAAUUUCUCGCCUAGGGUCCGAAAUCGUCAGAGAGAACUGAGUACCGAGAGGCCAUCGCUUUUGUUCAAACUUCUCAUCACGCCAAAUAUAUCUUCCAUAUGAUGUCGAUUUCAUGCUGUGGUUUACUAUAAUGCGAAACAUCC